AUGGAGACACUUCCUAGGUAUGAUUUGACAAAACUCUCAGAUGAUGAAUGUUGGCUCAUUCUAAAGAGUAAAGUAGUUUCACCUAGAAGUACUCUACAAGAAGAUCAAGAGAGAACUGGAAAGGAGAUUGCAAAAAAAUAUGAAGGUGUUCCACGUACUAGUGGCAAAGAAUCUCUGCUCACUUUUGCAGCCCGGGAACUUCUGAAGAAGGUGGCUGUACUUGCCGGUGAAGAAUUCAGUCUUCUGUGGGGAUUCGAGAGUGAACUUGCAAAUAUGCACACAUCAUCGGUCAAGCUUCAAGCUAUGUUACGAGCUGCCGAGCAUCUGACACAAGAUCAGGGCGAGGACGUGAAGAUCUGGGUGAAGGAGAUUGAAGAGAUAGCUGGUGAUGCGGAUGACCUGCUGGAUGACUUUGGAUAUGAAGAACUCCGGCGCAAAGUAGAACUGCAAGAUCACAUGAUGAAGAAGAAGAAAAAGAUGUUGUCAAUCUUCGAUCCCGUUGCAUUUCGCCACAAAAUGGGUCGUAAAAUUAAGAGAAUUAACAAAUCUCUUGUGAAGCUAGAGAAUCAGGCAGCUAGUUUUCACUUGGUACUUGCUGGGAAUGAAAUGUCUGAUGAUGCAGGAGUUGAUAGGCAAACUGUGUUCUGCUUUGAUGAAGAUGAAAAGAAUAUCAUUGGAAGGGAUGAGGUUGUGUCAGAUAUAUGGGAGGCCUUGAUCAACUCAAGUAAAAUUAAUCAAGGUAAUCAUCUUCCAGUUUUGGCUAUUAUGGGUAUGGGAGGCCUGGGAAAGACGACUGUGGCGAAAUCAAUAUACAAUGCUGAUGAGAUUGGUAGACACUUUCAACAAAAAAUAUGGAUAUGUGUAUCCACCACUUUUGAUGUCGAGAAGAUUUUAAGAGGGAUCUUGGAAUAUCUCAGUGCGGAGAAGGCUGCAGUGAAAGGCAAGGCUGCAAUACUCAAACACCUCCAAGAUGAACUGGAAGGGAAAAGAUACCUUCUCAUACUGGAUGAUGUUUGGAAUGAAAAUCUUCAGAAAUGGGAUGAUUUGAAGACGUGUUUGGAAAGUGCUAGAGGUACAGAAGGGAGCAGCAUCAUUGUCACCACCCGCAAUAGCAAAGUUGCACAAAUCAUGGAGACGCUUCCUAGGUGUGAUAUUGGGAAACUCUCACAUGAUGAAUGCUGGCUGAUCUUGAAGAACAAAGCCGUUCCAGUUGGAAGUACUCUGCCUGAACAUCAAGAGAGAACCGGAAAGGAGAUUGCCAAGAAGUGUGGAGGAGUGCCACUAGUAGCCAAGGUUUUGGGAAGUCUAAUGCGUUCUAAAAGCACCAAUGAAUGGUUGGAAAUUGAAAGGAGUACCAUAUGGGAUCUAAAAGAAGAAAGUAAAAGAAUCUUUGCAGUACUGAACUUCAGUUUUUCUGCGUUGAAACCACCAUCUUUAAAGAAGUGUUUUGCUUAUUGCUCAAUGUUCAUGAAAGAUUUCAAUAUGGAAAAGGAUGACUUGAUCCAACUUUGGAUGGCUAUGGGGUUGCUUGAGUAUCCAUCUCUCAAUGAAAGUCGAGAAGCGAUGGAGGACAUAGGCAAUGCAUAUUUUAAUACCCUACUGGGAAAUUCUCUUUUUCAAGAUGUUACAAAGGAUAAGUAUGGUAGUAUUACUCACUGCAAGAUGCAUGAUCUUGUGCACGAUCUUGCAGAAAAUGUAUCGAAAUCAAUGUGCUUGACACGAUAUUCCAACAAGAUCCAACAUGUGGAGCAGAAUCAUAUGUCUAGUUUACAGAGAAUUCUCUUUCUGAAGAGAAGUUGGAAACUGUUCUUGAAUAAUGAAACUAUUGAUCGCAUCUUACCGGGAUUUAAAUCUCUGCGUGUCCUAAAGUUAUUCGAGGCAGAUAUUGUGGAGUUGCCAGAUUCACUUGGAGAAUUGACACAUUUGAGAUAUCUGGAUGUUUCCAGAACAAAAGUUAAAGUACUGCCCCAAUCAAUUGGAAAGCUUUAUUACCUACAAACGUUAAGAAUGUAUCCUCUCGUCUCUCUUGAAAAGCUUCCACAUGAACUGCAAAACUUGAUCAACUUACGACAUCUUUAUUUUGGUCGAAGUUUGCAAUUUCCGGUAGGGAUUGGGAAAUUGAGUAAUCUUCGAUCAUUAUCUCAUUUUAGGGUGAGUAAGGAGAUAGGCUGUGGUAUAGGAGAGCUGGCUGGCCUAAACCAAUUGACAGGUGAACUAUCUAUCUACAAGCUGGAACUUGUGAGACAUGAAAAAGAAGCAAAGAAAGAAAACUUGGUGGCCAAGUCAAAUAUAAGAACGUUAAAGUUUCAGUGGUCACGAGGAGAAGGCUGGGAAAGAUACAGUGAUGAAUCUGUACUGGAGGGUCUUCAGCCACAUUCUAAUUUGGAAUUCUUAGAGAUUCACAAAUUCAUGGGAUUGAGAUUUCCGUCAUGGAUGAUGAGUAGGUCUUUCCUGCUAAACAAUUUGAAAGAAAUUAAGUUGGCCAGUUGCAACAAAUGCGAAGAAGUACCAAUUCUCGGCCAUCUUCCUAAUCUUAGACAUAUUAGGAUUGAUACGAUGCAUGGACUUAAACGUCUGGGAGCUGAGUUUUAUGGAUACGACCGUGUCGCUAUGACAAUGGAGGAGACAAAGGCUCUAUUUCCUGCAUUGAAAACAUUACAUUUUGAGAGCGCCAGAUACCUAACUGAUUGGGUGGAAGCGCCAACAGAGAGAGUCAUAGUGUUUCCUUGCCUUGAGGAGCUGUCCUUGAUGUAUUGUUACGGAUUGGCAAAUGCUCCGAGUCAUUUUCCAUCUCUCAAGAAGUUGGUGAUAUGUGGCAUCCAUAGAGGAGGCAUGCCUGUAGCAAGUAUCCUCAGUAGUAAACUUACCACUCUCACUUCUCUCAAAAUAGACGGGGUAGACGGACUUGCUUGUCUGCCCGAGGGGAUGCUAGAAAACAACAAGAACCUUGCACAUUUGGAGAUAAGUAGUUGUUCGGAGCUAACUUGUAUUUCUCCCCAAUCACAAGGAUCCGAGUACUGCUGCACUUCUCUUCAGUCACUGAAGAUUUCCAGCUGUCCAAAUCUGAGGUUUUUACCUGAUGGGCUACUCACACCCUCUCUCAAGCAGUUAAGUUUGUAUCGUUGCGAGAGCCUAGAGUGCAUCCCAGAUAUCACACACGGUGGUCUCACAUCCCUUGAAAAAUUGGAAAUAAAGGAAUGCUCUAGAAUGAUCUCCAUUCCACUUGAAGGGGGCCUCCCAUCCCUUCAGAAAUUGGAGAUAGAAGGUUGUCCUGAGUUAUCAAGCUUGCCGAGUGCACUAGAAGACUGUACCUCUAUCCGGAGUUUGUCAAUAACAAUGUGCCCUAAGCUACGGUCCAUUUCAAUCAACAGUCUCAGUUCAUCCCUCCAAGAGUUGUGUGUAAGUAAUCUGGACUCUCUUCCAACGUUAGGAGGCUUCACAUCCCUCCGGAGAUUGACAAUAGAGAAGUGUCAGAGUCCAGAAAUAGGGCUAGAGUCUUGGGCCUCUCUUCAAAUUCUUGUCUCUCUUGAAGAGUUGAAAGUAAGACGUUGCCCUAAUCUAGAGACUCUUCCAUGUUUAAACAAUCUCACAUCCCUCCAUCGGUUGUGGAUUUCUGACUGUUCUCAGUUAACAAGUCUUCCCAGUGAGGUUGUCCUCCCAUGUUUGAAGAAUUUGACCAUUGGUGGUUUUCCUAAUUUGGACACAUUCCCUAUCAUUCAAGGUCUACCAAAUCUUGAGUCCUUAACAUUGAGGGGCUGGCCAAAGCUCACGUCUCUACCUGAAAGACAGAUUCAACAUUUCAGUUCUUUGAGACAAUUGCGUAUAAUGUUCUUUGAGGGAGUGGAGGCUAUUCCAGAAUGGCGUGAUUCUGGAUCAUUUGGAUGCCUUCCUGCUGAUCACGUCAAUUAA